GCGCCACGCCGGAGGCUCCAGUCCGAGCCCAGCAUCACUCGUGGUGGUUUCGCGCGCGCAUCCCCCGCCAAGGUGCGACUACUUUUCGAGGAAAGGGAAAAAAGAUUCCGUCCUCGCGAUUCUUGCCACGCUUUCGACCCCCUUUGUCAACGCGACACCCCGGAAAACGCGGCGUCCAACGGAUCGCGGCCACCAUCGUGGAGAUACGACGAAAAACGGGAGUCGAGAUCGAGGGAAAAAAAAAAAGAGAGAGAGAACGGACCGAUCGCGCUCUCCUUACUCUCGACGUGCCAUGAUCGCGAGACGGAAGAAGAAUCAUCCGGCGAACGCGACGGUGCAUCGCGACGUGACACGAUCCAUGUGAAGAAGAUGGGAGAAUCGGCGGCAAGUAGUGGACACGAUCCAUCCACGAGGAAUGCUGGAAUAUUGAAAGAAGGAAUAUUCGAUCGUUCGAUGCACGCCCUCGAGAUCGAGAAAACGUAUGUGUGCCGUCUAUUAAAAAAAGAAACGCGAGUGCUCGUAUCGAAAAUUCGAAUACGGCCCGUGCUCGUUUCGACUUUGUAAACAGAAAAUUUCGGCGCCGUUUAAUCCUUCGUUUGUAUACACGAGAGUUCGUGGCGAGAAAUUCGUGGAAAUAUUCGGGAACGGUGUCGCCGUCGAGAGAGGGGCAAAUAACAAUAUUGUCGCAAUCGUGCGGAGAGUCUCGAGGACGAUAAACGUGCGAGAAUUUCGUUCCACGGGAAAGAAACGACGUUGUGCGUGAUUUUAUUCCGUUAACUGCGUAGUGAGUGUUUUUUCUUCUUCUCUGACACGUUCUCUACCACCUAAUGGAUAUCGGUGCGAUCUGAUCGUUGGAUGGACCGUGCGAAAUCAAGGGAUAAUCACGAUCCGUAAACGGGCGUAAAGUUUCCGUCGCGCAUCGAUUCGUAAUCGUGUCAAGGAAUGCACGACGCGCUUCGUGACGACGCAUCAUGCUCCGUUGCAUGAAUAUUAUUACACCAGUGCAAGUGCUAGAUCCGUGGCAUCGAUCCCCUCCCCCGCCCCGUUGAUCGCCGAUAAAUAAAACGAUAAUAUCUCGCUCGUGUGAACGUGUUCGUCGCUUGUUUCUCGAAAGGAAGCGCGACGAUACAGAGGAGAAAAACAAGAGAGGGGUGAAAGAGAAAAGAGAGAGAGAGAGAGGGAGGGAGAGGGCGAGGGAGAGAAAUAUCGAGGAGAGAAAAGAGGAGGAACGAAAUUAAAGUGCGCGGGUUGGUUACUGGGGCGCGAAUGAUUUGUAGGUCGGAUAUUUCGAAAAUUGCGACCGCCAGCUGCCACGGGGUAUGUUUCACCGAAUGAUAUCCGGAUCGCCGGAUCGAUCGGGAAUCGAAAUUUUCCCACCCCGCUCCUCCUAACGUCUAUCGCCCUCCCUUCGAGCCCUUCCCUCUUCUUUACCGCCGCCGCCGCCUUCCUUCCACGUUCUUGCGCCCGUAAUUACAACAAGUGUCGCGCGAGAAAUACGCGGACGGAGAAAUAUCACUCGUUUCGGAAAUGGAGUAACGGCGUGCCGUUUUCUUUUUUUUUUUUUUUUUCGCCAACGUAUUUUCGCCCUCGAACGUAUCUCCACCCCCGUAUGCAUACGAUUGCACGCGUUACAUCGCGUCCCGUGCUCGUCGCGAAAUAGUCGCUCGUGUUCGACACGGUCACGCGAUCGAAAGAGAAAGAGAUCAACUCGGAGGCGAGGAUCAAUCGAAGGAGAAGGGGAAGAAGGGGUUGUGAAAGUGCGUGAGAUACGUAGAAGGUGGAGAGGGAAGGUUUCCCAAGUGACGAGCGUCGGGUGAAGGUGUUGGAGGGCGGUCAAGGAUCCACGAGAGUGCGAGAACGGAGUUGCACGAGUUCCAACCGCAAUCGCGACGCUUGAUUUCGUGGCAUUGUCUGGCUCCCUGCACGCGGUCCACGGUGUAUCAAAGGCGAGGCUCGCCCUCCUCGUGUAUACGACGGGGAUACAACAAAGGAAAUACGAUUGGUGGAGGUGGAUUUCCAUGGAAUAACGACGCAACCAUGAUCAAUAUGAAGUUUUUUCGCGUCGUACUGGCCCUUUUAGGGGGUACGCACGUCCUCUGCGCCCAGCCAUCCGCCUCGCCUACCGUGAAAAGUACCGGUGGAUCGAGUUUGGCGAGUGUGGUCGCUGGAAGUAAGCCGACGAGACUUUCGAAUAAACCGGAUUUCGACGACAUCGGCCCACGAAAUGUCACCGCCAUUGUUGGCCAAACAGCGGAAUUGAAUUGCUUCGUGAAACAUCCUGGAGACAGAGUGGUAUCCUGGAUGCGUAAAAGGGAUUUACACAUACUCACGUCGUCCAUCUAUACGUACACGGGGGACGAAAGAUUUUCGGUGAAGCAUCCCGAGGCAUCCGACGAGUGGACGUUGAAGAUCGAUUACGUUCAGCAACGUGACGCCGGGGUUUACGAAUGCCAGGUUAACACCGAGCCCAAAAUGAAUUUAGCCUUCGUUUUGAGAGUGGAAGAAAGUGCCCCUGUCCCCGCCACCACCACACCGAACGCCAUUCACCGGACGUUCAACUCAGCCGCUCAGGCGAAAAUCGUGGGUCCGGAAGACGUGUACGUGAAGAAGGGUAGCACGAUAAGCCUCACGUGCAUCGUUAAUGUGCAAAGUACACCGCCCAGCAGCGUUUCGUGGCAUCACGGAGGAGAUGUGAUGGAUUUCGACAGUCCCAGCGUUCACCGUAGGGGCGGGGUUUCCUUGGACACGGAGAAGACGGAAAGCGGAACGACGAGCAGACUUCUGGUGACACAAGCCAGAUUGACCGACAGCGGAAAUUACACCUGCAUUCCCAGCAACGCGAAUCCAGCCAGCGUAAUGGUCCACGUGCUGAAUGGGGAACAUCCAGCGGCCAUGCAACACGGCGGAAGUUGCGGCGUCGCGCCCACCAUUUUAUCGGCGACCCUUACUCUGGUGAUCUCGAAUCUGCUAAGGUGAGCGGUGUCGUGCUUGUGAAUCGUGCGACUUGGAAGCCAUCACACGGGCUGUGGUCGAGCUCGUUUCGUGAACCGGUGAGACGGUACCCCCGAAGGAAGGAGGAGGGAUUGGUGGUUCUUGUUCAAAGGUAAAAAAGCGCGAACGAAGGAGAAGGCCGCGCGUCCCUCUGCUUUGAGAGAGGAAAGCAUACGGCGGAAAUCACGUUGCGAGAAUAGAAACGUGACUUAGCGGUGCUGCCAACGGUGCUGCGAAAUCAUCGGGGUGGUUUUUAAAUGGGGGGUGGAACGGCAGGGGGACAGGGAGAGGAAGGGAUUUAGGGGUUGGAACAAAGUGCAGUGGAUCUGGACGGCAGUGGUGGUGAAUGACGCAGUGACACGGAAAGUGGAGCUCGACUUUGCACACGUACGUUUUUACCGUAAAUUUUCAUUCCACGUCAUAAACUAUUCCAUGAUACGUCUAUAUUUCUUUAGCAAUUUUUCAUCGGCCAUCGUGUGGGAGGGGAGGGAGGGAUGUGUGAUUCGCCUCGCGAGUGAAGAAAAGGUGAGAGAGAGAGAGCGAGAGAGAGAGAAAGAAAAAACAAAAGGUUCGUAUUUGUAUACCUCUGCGAAACUCGGAUAAUAAUAAAAGAAAAAAAACGACAAAGAAUUCGAUUAAAGGAUUCCGAGAGAUGCGAGACUGACUCUGAGGAUCGGAUGCGAUCGAUGAACGAGUGUGUCCAAAGCGUGUUUAAUCGAAAAGCGGCUUCGAGAUAUACUAGUGAACAGCUCGUCUAACGGACUUCUCGAGAUCGGAUUAUUAUACACGAUCCGACGAUGGGACGAUUAAUUGACCCGUCCGAGAUCGUGUAUAUCGAGUACGUAGCGUAAGUUUCUUUGUAUAUAUAUAUAAAAAAAGGAGGAGAAGAAGAGGAAGAGGAAGAAGAAAGAAGGACCGUUCGAUAAAUAGCGAUUUCGUCGCGACCUCGUUUGUACAGUGAGAAAACGUGAUCGAGAAUUACGGGAAUCGCGGAUCUGGGCAACGUAUGUACAUAAAGGAACUAUUUCGAUUUCCGUCUCGAACGUUUUAAAGUAUGAAACUUUCCGUGUUAUCGUUGAUCACGGGAUUAGAUCGGUCGGAGUUUGCCCAGAUCCGAUUGGUCGGCCUCCGGAAUUCAGUGUAAUUUCGCGAGGACGAGUUUCCUCUGGAUUCUUCUGAUCGAUACACAGACGGUUUCUUUUCCUUCCAUCGACGCGUAAUUUGUCCUCUUUUAUUUUUUUCUUUUUUAGGAAUGAUAAAUUGUCAUCAAUAUCAGUCGCGCUGGAUAUGUUUGAGAGAGAGAGAGAGAGAGAGAAAAUUGUUGGUGAAUGGUGAGGGACGACAAAGCGAUGUCUAUUCGUUGUUGCUCACGAUAAAACUGCUCACACUUUUGUUUCCAGGGAACGUGAUUGUUCUUUUUCUUUUUUUCAGUGGACAAAAUACCAUUUUCUUCGCAAAAUUUCGAAUCGAAUUGUAUUGGCGAAACCUGUCGUUGGUUCGACGAUUAUUAAAACGAUGCAAUCACGUUAAUCCGCGAGAAGAAAUUUACAAAUUUAUCGUAAGAAUUCUACGAACGCGAUUUAAGCAUAGGGCUCGUGUUUAGAUAAGAAUACGAAGAUAAUGUAAAUGUAUGAUUAAAAAUAUCUGCUAAUAGAUAUCCGCGAACGAGAAAGAAACGUUCUGUUUCGAAGAAUAUAAAUGAAAAUCUCUGAUAAAUCGGGAUUAAUCAUCGAAAUUUUUUGACAAUGAAUCGAGAGUAAAGAAAUUUUCGUUCGAAGUCAAUGGAAUUCAAAUUUUUCUUUACUCUUUUUUUUUCCUUCGAUUCGUCAACCUUCUUCCUUCCAAGGAAUUAUAUUGUCGUCGUCGAAGAUGAGACGCGCGAUCUUCUAAAAGACACGAGACGGUAGUGAUGACUUUAAUUAGUAGAUUUAUUACGGAUAAAUAAUGUAACGAGUAAAAACGAGGAAACGAUAUCAUAACGAUGUAGAGAGCGAGUUUAAGACGCGAUUUAAUCAUAGGUUUAAAUAGAUUUUUUAUAAACGUUGUACCACGUGGCCAAAGAGUCUGGUGCAUAUACGAUGUAAAACGAGAAACUGCCAGAAACUGCCAGAAAUUGCAAUUCACUGUGUUACGUUGCACGGAUUUUACAACAGAGGAGGAGAGGCGAGAAAGGGAAGGUUCGCGAUAUAUAAUAUAUUAUUCCUUCUUGUAUAGUUUAUACGGUAAUUUAUGUCGUUGUGAGAGGACAAUAUUUUGAAGUUGAAGCGUGAGGAUAGCGUUAAAGUGCGGUUGUUUAAAGUAAAAAGAAAAAAGAAAAAAAAGAAAAAAAAAAGGAAAAAAAAAACAGGAAAAAAAAAGAUGAUACGUGAAAAAGUAAAAUGAUCUAAAGACGAGAAAUCAAAAGGAUCGGAUAGAUACAGAUUUUUGGAACGUUAUUCGUGUAUGAUAUUAUUCAGAGAGAGAGAGAUUUAACGUUUUUGAUUAGGGAGAUUGAACGAAUUGAUCGAUUUAUAAAUAAUGUUGGAACAAGAAAGGGGGGAGGAUCGUCGUUAUUGAUUAAAGAAAAAAAAAGGAAUUAAAAAAUAAUAAUAAUAAAAAAUCUUUUUCUUCAUCAAUUUUUUAAUAUAUAUUUAAAUAUACUUUGUUUCGAAUCUCGUCAUCUUCGAAAUCUCGUUCCUUUGAAAUGAUGUUCGGUUCUAAUAACGAUAUAGGUUCGAUGUUACGCAUAAGAGACUCCUGAAUGUCAUCAUUUCACGUAAUAUCGAUAAUGAUCUCGCGUUCGAGAUAGGGGAAAAAAAAAAACGAAAAAAAAAAAACGAAAAAAAAAAAAAAGAAAAGAUAAAGACAAAAAACGAUAAAGCUCACUCGAAACACGCGUCAAUCGCUGAUAAUCAAAGAGAAGAAGCAGAAAAAUAUCGAGAGGGGACGUUACACGUUAAUUGUGUCACUAGAUAAUCGAUAUCCGCGACUCGCAUAAUUACGAAAUGUUGCACAAUUUAUAUAGUUAAGCCUAGAUCGCAUUGUACAUAAAGAAUAAAGGGAAAAAAAAAAAACAAUUCAUAAUCGAUAAUGUACCAUGUUAUAGAGGAACGUGAAGCAUGAAUCAAAAAAAGUGGCAGAGGUAAAAAAUGCGGCAAAACGAGUGAGUACAGACUUAUUAUACUGUAAAGAUAUUCAUCGACGUGAAUACUGUUUCAAUAAAUGUAAUAUGAUGAUAUAAAA